AUGGAAGAAUUUAUCAAAGUUAAAAAAGGUAGUUCUCAAGCCGCAAUUAAUCUAUUCAUGAAGAAGGACAUAAGAGAAGAAGCCUGCCAACAAAUUGCCAGGUUCUUUUACACAUCUGCCAUUCCCUUUAAUUGUGCUAAAAAUCCUGAAUUUACAAAGAUGUUUGAGAUAGUUGGAAAAUAUGGUUGUGGGUUUAAACCUCCAUCUUAUCAUGAGUUGAGGGAGACAUUCUUGAAAAAAGAAGUAGAUAGAACAAUGACUUUGCUUGAAGAGCAUCGAUUUGUGUGGAAAAAAAAAGGAUGUUCUAUUAUGUCUGAUGGAUGGACUGACAAGAAAAGACGAUCUAUAUGUAAUUUCUUAGUGAUUAGUGAGAAGGGGACGAUCUUUUUGCAAUCCACUGACACAUCUGAUAUCUCAAAGACAGCAGAUAAGGUUUUUGAAAUGUUAAAUGAAAUUGUGGAUAAAGUUGGUGAACAAAAUGUUGUGCAAUUGUUCACAUCUGAUUUUUGGAAGACUAGUCGAUUUUCAAAGAUACAGGAGGGAAAGUUUGUUCAAAAGACCAUUUUAGAUGGGAGGUUUUGGCGUAAUGUAGUUACAUGUCUGAAGGCAGCAAGUCCUCUCAUUAAAGCACUUCGAUUGGUAGACUCUAAAGAGCCUGCUAUGGGUUUUAUUUAUAAGGCAAUGGAAGCUGCAAAGGAGAAAAUAAAAGUCAACUUUGGCGGCGAGAAAAAACUUUAUGAACCGGUAUGGAAGAUUAUUGAUGAAAGAUGGAAAAAUCAACUUCAUCACCCAUUACAUGCUACAGAUGAUCGAGAUGUGAGAAGUGCGAUUCAUGCACAAUUAGAAUCCUUCAAGAAAGCAAAAGGGCUAUUUGGUCGUGAUGCAGCAAAGUUAACCAUAGGUAAAAAAUCUCCUGCAGAGUGGUGGGAUUCUUUUGGUGAUGAUUGUCCUGAAUUGCAGAAUUGGGCUAUACAUAUAUUGAGUUUGACUUGCAGCUCGUCUGGAUGCGAACGUAAUUGGAGUGCUUUUGAGAUGGUUCAUACAAAAAAGAGAAAUCGCUUGCAUCAGAAGAAAAUGAAUGACUUAGUAUUUGUUUACUAUAACUUGAAGAUGCGAGGGAAGAAGUCCAAGAAAGUUAGUCAAACUCCAACUACUUUUGAAGAGUUCCCCUCUGAUGAUGAAUGGAUAACUGAAGCACCUAAUAAUUUAGAGGACACGGAGAUUACCAGUGCUCAUGUAGGAGUUGAGAGUAACAUAGGUGAUAAAGAUGCUAUAGGAUGUGAUAAUGAGCUUGAUGGUACUGAUGAUUUUGAUGCUGAGGAUGAAGAUGAAGAUGGAGUUGAUGAUUUGGAUGUCACCAUGGAUGAUUUAUCUUAG